AUGUCUUAUGAUCGCUAUGUGGCAAUUUGCAGGCCACUGCAAUACCACAGCAUUUUGACUCCACAUGCUGUGCUUAAACUGCUUGUGGUGGCCUGGGCUUAUCCACUAUUGUCAUCAGUAGCAUCUCUUAUUCUUACUCUCAGAAUACCCAUUUGUGGAUCUCACAUCCAUAAACUAUUCUGUGAUAAUCCUUCAAUACUAAAGUUGGGGUGUUCUCGAGCCACAGCCAACCAGAUUUGGAGUAUGUUACUAAUUACAGGUCAGCUUAUACAGUUUGUUUUAAUUUUAAUUUCAUACAUUCAUAUUGUACGGGUUUGUAUAUCAUCCAGUGAGGGUAGAGCAAAGUUUAGCAAAACUUGUGUGCCCCAUAUUUUGGUUAUAGUCAUCUUCAUCAUGACAACACUGUUUGACUUAUCAUACAGUUGGGUUGGUUCAGAAAACCUUUCAAUUAGCGUACGCAAUGCAUUGGCUAUACAAUUUUUGAUUCUCCCUCCACUAUCAAAUCCAAUAACUUAUGGGCUUCAGCUUCCACAGAUCCGAAAAGCAAUAUUCAGGAUAACAUGGGGAAACUCGACCGCCGGCUUCGGGCCGCGGGCCGGGUUCGGGUAG